AUGAAAAUCAUCCUAAUCGGCAGCACCGGCUUCAUCGGAACCGAGAUCCUCACCCAGGCCAUCGCCCACAACUACAUCUCCCACAUCUACAUCCUCACCCGCCGGCCCCUCACCGACCCGCGCUUCUCCCAGACCAAAAAAGUCACCCAGCUCCUCCACGAAGACUUCGAAGCCUAUCCGGCCUCCCUCCUCGCCCGCCUGCGGGAAGAAAACGUCGAAGCGUGCAUCUGGUCCCUCGGCCGCGGGAAACUCUCCUCUUUUCAAGACUUGGACGAAGCGCGGCGCGUGAAUGUGAAUUUCGCCUGUGAAGCGGCCGAGGCGUUUGCGAAGAGCUUGGGGAGCGGCAUGCAGCCGUACGAGGGGUAUCCGCAAUCGCCGCCCAAGGUGGGCGUGGGCCGGUUUCCGUUUCGGUUUGUGUAUGUGAGUUGCUGGGGAGCGGAACAGGAUCAGUUUCGGAAAUUGUGGGCGUGGAGUGAGAGUCGGAAGAUCAAAGGGGCGGCGGAGAAGGCUCUGUUUGCGAUUGCGGAUGGGAGUGAGGAGAAGGGGGAGGGGGCGCAUAGGUGUUUUGAAGUGAUUGCUUUGAGGCCGGGAGGGGUGUUGAAGAGUGGAGGGGAUAGUGUCAGUACGCUUCUGACAGAGGCUGUGGUGCCGAGCAUUGCGGUGGAUCGGCUUGCGAGGGCGGCGAUAAAAGCUGCUUUUGAUGGCACGGGCGUGGAGGGGAAGAGGAUUCUGGAGAAUAAGGACUGCCUGGGCCCAGACUGGUCUCAGAUCAACUCUUUCACCUUCUAA